AUGUUCGCAAUGGAGUCUGGGGGAGCACUGUCGCAACCUAGUUUGAUGAAUGCGGGUAGUGUUUCAGUUGGUCCAAGUUCACAGGCGUGUAUUCCUGCGCCUAAGGACGAAGAGGAGGAGAAUGUGACAUCAUUCGAUACGAUUCGUGACGUGAUGAUAAUCCAGGAUCCAAUUGCCCCAGUUUGGACGAUUGAUGAUUUCGAGAUAGCUCGUAAAUUAGGUCAGGGCCAAUUCGGGAAUGUUUAUUUGGCACGAGAACGUCGGACUAAGUAUGUUGUGGCGAUAAAGGCGAUAUUGAAGACUCAACUAUUACAAUCUAGUAAUGAGCAUUUACUAAGAAGAGAGAUCGAGAUCCACUCUCAUCUUAUCCAUCCCAACAUUCUUGGUUUCUAUGGCUGGUUUACAACCAAGCAUUGUAUCUGCCUUAUCAUUGAGGUUGCUUUGGGAGAACUCAUGGAUCAACUUGAGGCCGGAGGAUUACCUGAACCUACAGUGUCCAAGUACAUGUUACAGAUGAUCUCUGCUAUUCGCACUUGUCACAAGUUGAAUGUGAUCCAUCGUGAUCUUAAGCCUGAAAACAUUUUACUCAGUCAUGACGGCAUGCUAAAACUGGCUGACUUCGGCUGGGCCGCACAUAUACCAGAUCAAGAUACAAACACUGGAGUGUGUGCAAACACUGGAGUGUCUGCAAACACCGUAGGGUUGUCUGCCCAACGCGGGCUGCAAAAUAGCUCUAAUCGGCCCCGGACACCGCAAUACGACUACCUAAAAAAUAGACGCAAGACUUACUGCGGAACCCUCGACUACCUUAGUCCAGAAAUUGUCCGUCAUGAAUGGUAUGGUAAAGAAGUUGACCUCUGGUGCCUUGGAGUACUUUGCUACGAAUUAGCACACGGAGGACCACCAUUCCCUUGCCAAGAAUAUAAGGCACAAGGUUUCAAGGAAGCCGAUGCCCGCAAACAACAACAACAGGACAUACAACAAUGCUCCAUAGAGAAACGACUCUUACCUUCUAUGUCCAAUGAGUUAAAGGACUUCCUACGCAAAACACUCCAUAAGGACCCCAAGCUUCGAAUGUCCACCGACCAGAUGAUCGUCCAUUCCUUCAUCACCAAGUUCAAUGAUAUCAACAAAGAACUCGCACUGA